AGUCGGGUUUUAACAUUGCAUUAAUCAAGUUUGACUCUGUUGGAUUGCACGAAAGUUACUCGUGAUGAUAUCGAAGGAAAAAAAAUCUGAAAAAAGUACGCUGUAGUAAUCUUUUGAAAAGUAAAAAGAUCAAAUCAACCUAAAACAAAUGGCGGCUGCAGCUGAUUUUAUUUGAGGCUUGGUCUUCGACUUGUUUGCUUCGACCAUAUAGUUCAAUAUCAAGAAUCCUACCACAGGGUGCCGGAAGAAGCUCGAAAUUGACGAUGACCAGAAACUGGCAUUAGCAGCUUAGUGGAUUUGCGUUUUAGAAAAAUAUCUGAGGGAGAAAGUUGUUCACUUGGGGAAGAAGAAAGUUGUUCACUUGGGGAGAAAGUUGUUCACUUGGGGAAGAAGAAGCGCAAUAGAGAGAGGAGAGAUGAGUAAACUGAAAUCGUCGAGCUCUGAAUUGGAUUUGGAUCGACCAAAUAUCGAAGACUAUCUGCCCUCUGGAUCCAUCCAGGAACCUCACGGCAAACUUUGCCUGCGUGAUUUGCUCGAUAUAUCACCUACCCUCACUGAGGCUGCUGGUGCCAUUGUUGAUGAUUCCUUCACACGAUGUUUCAAGUCAAUUCCUCCAGAACCAUGGAACUGGAAUAUAUAUCUCUUUCCUUUAUGGUGCAUGGGUGUCCUUGUUAGAUACUUAGUUCUUUUCCCAUUAAGGGUUAUCGUAUUGACGGUAGGAUGGAUAAUAUUUCUCUCUUGCUAUAUUCCGGUGCAUUUUCUAUUGAAAGGGCAUGACAAGUUGAGGAAAAAACUAGAGAGGUGUCUUGUGGAAUUGAUUUGCAGUUUCUUUGUGGCAUCAUGGACUGGGGUUGUCAAGUAUCAUGGUCCACGUCCCAGCAUCCGGCCUAAGCAAGUAUUUGUGGCAAAUCAUACGUCAAUGAUUGAUUUCAUUAUUCUGGAGCAGAUGACUGCAUUUGCUGUAAUUAUGCAGAAGCAUCCAGGGUGGGUUGGGUUAUUGCAAAGCACUAUUUUGGAAAGUGUUGGAUCUAUCUGGUUCAAUCGUUCUGAGGCUAAGGACCGUGAAAUCGUUGCGAGAAGGCUAAGAGAACAUAUUGAGGGGGCAGACAACAAUCCUCUUCUUAUAUUUCCUGAAGGAACAUGUGUAAAUAAUCAUUACACUGUUAUGUUCAAGAAGGGUGCUUUUGAACUUGGCUGCACUGUUUGCCCAGUUGCAAUUAAGUACAACAAAGUAUUUGUUGAUGCCUUUUGGAAUAGUAGAAAGCAAUCCUUCACAAUGCAUCUGUUGCAGCUAAUGACAUCAUGGGCUGUUGUUUGUGAUGUAUGGUACCUGGAGCCCCAAAAUCUGAAACCUGGAGAAACACCUAUUGAAUUUGCGGAAAGGGUGAGGGACAUUAUUUCUGUUCGAGCAGGCCUUAAAAAGGUCCCAUGGGAUGGAUAUUUGAAAUAUUCUCGUCCUAGCCCUAAGCACCGUGAGCGAAAGCAACAAGGCUUUGCAGAAUCAGUUUUGCGCCGCCUUGAGGAGAUAUAGAAGUAUGAUCCACACGGUUUUCUUCGGCAUGUGUAAGAAGUUGGAUUGUAGGAAUCAGAGGUUAAAUGUUGAUAUGAGGCUCAUUUCACUUUUUGGAAUAGUUUGUUUGGAUGACAUGCACUAAAACCUUAACUGGUGGCUUCUAAUGCAUGUUUAUGUUUCGGUUGACUGCAAACAGUUUUGGGAGAAGGCUGUAAUCUUCAUUUGCAGCACGGGCCAUAAUAGACUGGAUUCAUUUCCUCUUUCUUCAAUGUUCUUUUGUUCCUCCCA